AAUAAAUCGGUUUGUUGCUUUACGCAAAGUUUCCGAUAGCCGUAAAUGUAAUUUUAAAAACUGUGUUAGUUUUUUUUUUUCUGGUGAUGUUUUUUAUGGAGUCAAGGCGCUCGAACAAUUAAGUAACGACGAGCUCAUGAACGCAACAUUCCCGGCCAGCGCUAAUCGCAAGCAGCUAACAGCCUAGCCGCUAACCGUUGAUUAGGUAUAAGGAUAUCUCCAAGUCAACAAAUACACUGUUUUAUUCGCUUGAAACAGCUCGUACAUGAUUUAAAAUGGUUGUGGAUGAUGUAAAACUACUGACUUACUUCAAGGGAGCGAGAAUCAAAUUGAUCCUCAAGACUUCAUCGUUCUUCGGGGUCGUGAAACGUAUUUACCCCAACAAAGCUUUGAUUUUGGCGGACGUUGUCAGUAGUGAUGGCUGGAGGUUUCCCGGAACAAAAAUUUUCUUUGGCCAUGAGAUUCUGAAUGUGGAAUUGACCAGUGAUGGGAACGGUGACCGUGAAAAUAUUCACCAUCACAGACCUGAGGACCACUUGGAUGUAGCAAAGUUUCAGCCAUACAGGAAGACAGGCACAUUGGAUGAUGACGAGGAGGAUGAAGAGUACAUCAACUAUGUAGUUGUUGACGAGUUUCAUGAGAAGUUCGGACCUACUAUAAUGCACAUCAAGAAACAGCACGUGAUCGGUGUGGGAGCAGAAGGAGUUGAGGUAUUUAAGAAUGGACGACUGUGUUGGCUGCAGAUUGCCACUAAAAACAAAGUAUACCUAUUUGAUGUCCUGUUACUCGGAGCCCGGGCUUUUAAGAAUGGCCUCGCUAUGAUCCUGGAGAGCAAGGACAUUUUAAAGGUCAUCCAUGACUGCAGAGCCAUUGCUGGAUGUCUGAUCGCUCAGUUUGGAGUAAAGCUGGCAAAUGUCUUUGACACUCAGGUGGCAGAUGUCAUGUGCUUCUACUCAGAGACGGGAGGUUUCCUUCCUGACAGAGUCAGUACUCUCCACGAGGUGUUAAGUCUGCAUCUGAGGGUGCCCCCCUCCCAGCUUUCGUCUCUUCAGAUGAAGUCACAGUUCACUAAGGAAGAAAGCGAGAUGUGGCACAUGCGGCCUUGUCCGUUACCCCUGCUGAAGGUGAUGGCUCUAUCAGUGAUCCACCUACAGCCGCUCAGACUGGUGCUGCUGGACACGCUCAUGAGAGACUACAUGGCUCUGGUUGAUUCCUACCUCAGCAGCAGCCAUUACCAGCCCGAUGAACUGGCGCAUGUUGGCAUGGAAAGUGUGUUGGAGUUGCCCAGAGAGCUGAGGCAGCUGGAGGUAAUGCGUCGCGAGAGGCACGAGUGGGCUUCCAGUCACUAUCCACUCACAGAGCAGGGUCUGCUGGCUCGCUUUAGCCCCAAACCUCAGUCUUCGUCCCAGGCCUCACCUGCUGUAGAAGAAGACCAAAGGAAAAAUCAUCCAGAUGUGUCUGAACCUGCAAGUGUAGAAUCUCCUUCACCAUCACCACAGGAGCUUCUUGUUAACCAGUCUGCAACUAGCCCUUUGAGGGUCACCAGUGGGCCUGCUGUGGAUGCUCGGGAUCCUGCUCCUGCCACUGUGUCAGACCUCACCAAUAAAGAGUCCAUCAACUGUUCUCUGUCAGCAGGUAUGAGCAGAGGGGAUGCAGGAGUACGAAUGGAUCUCAUGGGAAGAGGAAGGCUCUUUGGGAAAGAGCAGCCAUCCAACGGCACUUUUCCUUUCUUAGGAAGAGGAAGAGGCUUCCUUCUCCACUUACCACCCACUCAGAUCCCCAUUGAGAGUGCUGGGGACUUCAAACGUCAGUGUAGUGUGAAAGCGACUCCUUUCCAGAAUAAAAUGUCAGAACCUGGCCUCGGAAAGUAACCCACCUAAAGAUGUUUGUGGUUUGAGUGGAGAAGAAUUUACAUUAAGUCCCCAGCCUAUCUCAUCUUCACUGAGCCAAUCAUUCAGAUAUUAAAGUAGUCAUCACAAAUGUU